GGCCAGACAGGGCACCCCGCGAGGGAGAGGAGGGCUCGGAAGUGGAAUGCGACCCCCCAGCCUCUUUCCUUAGGGGCUGUAAUCUGAUCCCUGGGGACUCCCCCCCCACCCCCAGCCUCCCGCCCUCACCCCUUGCUGCAACUCCUUCUCCUCCAGAUCCCGGGGCAGAGUCCAGGGCGGCUCAAGGCUCCUCCACACGCGCCCGCUGAACCCUGAGCUCCCUGAGCUGCGGGGAUGGGGCGGGCAGAGGCUGCCGCCAUGAUCCCGGGCCUGGCCCUUCUCUGGGCAGCAGGGCUGGGGGGUGCUGCCCCCAGCACCCCACGCCUUCGCCUCUCCUUCCAAGAGCUCCAGGCCCGGCACGGUCUCCGGACCUUCAGGCUGGAGAGGACCUGCUGCUAUGAAGCGCUGCUUCUUGAUGAGGAACGUGGGCGCCUGUUUGUGGGCGCCGAGAACCACGUGGCCUCCCUCAGCCUGGACAACAUUAGCAAGCGGGUCAAGAAGCUGGCCUGGCCGGCCCGUGUGGAAUGGCGAGAGGAGUGCAACUGGGCUGGGAAGGACAUUGGCACCGAGUGCAUGAACUUCGUGAAGUUGCUCCAUGCGUACAACCACACCCACCUGCUGGCCUGUGGCACAGGGGCCUUCCACCCUGUCUGUGCAUUUGUGGAGGUGGGCCAGCGGCUGGAGGAGCCCAUGCUCCGGCUGGACCCUCGGAGGCUGGAGGAUGGCAAGGGCAAGAGUCCUUAUGACCCCAGGCAUCGGGCUGCCUCCGUGCUGGUGGGGGAAGAGUUGUACUCAGGGGUAGCUGCGGACCUCAUGGGCCGGGACUUCACCAUCUUCCGCAGCCUGGGCCAGCGUCCAAGUCUCCGGACAGAGCCGCAUGACUCCCGCUGGCUCAACGAGCCCAAGUUUAUCAAGGUCUUUUGGAUCCCGGAGAGUGAGAACCCGGAUGAUGACAAGAUCUAUUUCUUCUUCCGUGAGUCGGCGGUGGAGGCCACACCGGCACUGGGACGCCUGUCUGUGUCCCGUGUUGGCCAGAUCUGCAGGAAUGACGUAGGUGGCCAGCGCAGCCUGGUCAACAAGUGGACAACGUUCCUGAAGGCGCGGCUGGUUUGCUCAGUGCCGGGUGCCGAGGGUGACACGAACUUUGACCAGCUCCAGGACGUGUUCCUGUUGUCCUCGCGAGAUCGCUGGACCCCGCUGCUCUAUGCUGUCUUCUCCACAUCCAGCAUCUUCCAGGGCUCUGCCGUGUGCGUGUACAGCAUGAAUGAUGUACGCCGGGCCUUCCUGGGACCCUUUGCACACAAGGAGGGCCCCAUGCACCAGUGGGUGUCCUACCAGGGACGUGUCCCCUACCCCCGGCCUGGCAUGUGCCCCAGCAAGACUUUUGGCACCUUCAGUUCCACCAAGGACUUUCCUGAUGAUGUCAUCCAGUUUGCCCGGAACCACCCCCUCAUGUACAAUUCCGUCCUGCCCAUCGGUGGGCGCCCUCUCUUCCAACAAGUGGGAGCCGGGUACACCUUCACCCAGAUCACUGCGGACCGUGUCGCAGCUGCUGAUGGAUACUACGAUGUCCUCUUCAUCGGCACAGAUGUAGGCACAGUGCUGAAGGUGAUCUCUGUUCCCAAGGAUGGCAGGCCGAAUGCCGAGGGGCUGCUCCUGGAGGAAUUACACAUGUUUGAGGACUCAGCUGCUGUCACCAGCAUGCAAAUCUCCUCCAAGAGGCACCAACUGUACGUAGCCUCUCGGAGCGGGGUGGCCCAGAUCCCGUUGCACCGCUGCGCUGCCCACGGCCGUGCCUGUGCCGAAUGCUGCCUGGCACGUGAUCCCUACUGUGCCUGGGAUGGGGCCAAGUGCACUCGCUUCCAGCCCAGUGCCAAGAGGCGGUUCCGACGGCAGGACGUAAGGAACGGCGACCCCAGCACACUGUGCUCCGGCGACUCAUCCCACCCCGCGCUGCUGGAGCAGAAGGUGCUGGGUGUGGAGGGAGGUAGCGCCUUCCUGGAGUGUGAGCCCCGAUCGCUGCAGGCGCACGUGGAGUGGACCUUCCAACGUGUGGGGGAGUCGGCCUACGCUCAGGUGCCUGUGGAGGAGCGAGCGGAGCGCACGAGGCGGGGGCUGCUGCUGCGCAGGCUGCGGCGUGGGGACGCCGGCGUGUACCUGUGUGCCGCGGUGGAGCAGGGCUUUUCGCAGCCACUGCGUCGCCUGGCGCUGCACGUGCUGAGUGCAGCACAGGCUGAAAGACUGGCCCGGACUGAGGAUACUGCGCCAGUCUCCCCUCCGGGCCCCAAGCUCUGGUACCGGGACUUUCUGCAGCUGGUGGAGCCCGGCGGCGGCGGUGGUGCGAACUCCCUGCGAAUGUGUCGCCCGCAGCCCGCGUCGCGCCCACAGGCUCCUGAGUCACGGAGGAAGGGCCGCAACCGGAGGACACACGCCCCAGAGCUGCGGGCUGAGCGGGGCCCGCGCAGCGCAGCGGACUGGUGACUUGGCCGUCCCCACGCUGGGGACUGGGGAGGCGGCGGCAGGAGGGAGAGGGGGCGCUCAGACCCUGGGAGACGGCUAGGGGCCCGUCGUUGCCUGAUGGAGGGACGACACCGACCGACAGGCCCUGGCCAAGGGGCAGCCAUGCUGGCUUAUUUAUUAACAAGAGGAUAACCCUUGAAUGUAACCCCGAUAGGGGCGGCCCAGGCCGGGCACAGGGUCCGGCUGGUCGGGAGGCGGCAGAGAAGCAGGGUUCCCUGAGCACUUGGGUGGGAGUGGUGCCCGGAAUGCCCACCCUGGAGGAAGGACCACCUCUUUGGGCAAUGAGCAGAAAGCUGUGAACAGGCUGGGUGGGU